AUGGAUGGCGCUAAAUACAGGGCUCCCCUGGUGAGAGAGGGUGGUGCUGGACCUGCUGGCCCAAUCGGUCUGUUGGUUAGAACUGGCUCUCAGGGGCCCCCAGGGCCUGCUGGAGAGAAGAGGAGGGCCUGGCGAGAAAGGUCCCCAGGGACCAUCUCUGGUCGUGACGGAAAGUCCAAGCCAAGUGGGUCUGCCUGGCCCUGCCGGACCUCAGGGUCCACCCGGGAGGACGGUGACAAGGGAGAGGUUGAGAGCCAGGUCAGAAGGGAAGCAAAGCAGACAAGGGUGAACAGGGUCCCCCGGCCAGCUGGUCCCAGGGGACCAUCGGUGCUCCCGACCUGCAGAGGUGAUGGAGAGCCCGGGUCCAGGGGUCAGCAGGGGAUGUUCGGACAGAAGGAGACGAAGGAUCCAGAGGUUUCCCGGCGCCCCUGGUCCAUCGGUCUGCAGCCUCAGGGUCUUCCUGGACCUCCAGGCGAGAAGGGGGAGAAUGGCGACGUCGGUCGGAUGGGUCCUCCCGGCCCCCCUGGUCCCAGAGGUACCCAAGGUCCUAGUGGAGCUGAUGGUGCACAAGGUCCUCCUGGUGGUGUGGGUGCUAUGGGAGGCGUGGGUGAAAAGGUGAGAGAGCGGAGAGAGCGAGACAAAGGACAAGGAGAGGCAGGACCACCUGGAGCUUCCGGACCCGCAGGUGCCAAAGGACCCCCUGGAGACGAUGGACCCAAGGGAAAUCCUGGGCCGGUUGGUUUCCCUGGAGACCCUGGUCCACCCGGUGAAGCUGGUGUUGCUGGAACUGAUGGCUCUGCAGGAGAGAAAGGAGAGGAUGGUGAAUCUGGUCAACCUGGUCCCCCUGGUCCAUCUGGUGAAUCUGGUCCCCCUGGUCCCCCCGGCAAGAGAGGCCCCCCAGGAUCUGCCGGUACAGAGGGUAGACAAGGAGAGAAGGGCACCAAGGGUGAGUCUGGAGCCGAGGGACCCCCAGGUAAAACUGGCCCAGUCGGCCCACAGGGGCCCUCAGGAAAGCCCGGUCCAGAAGGUCUGCGUGGAAUCCCCGGCCCCGUUGGUGAACAAGGACUUCCUGGUUCUUCUGGACAAGACGGCCCACCUGGACCUAUGGGACCCCCUGGUCUCCCAGGUCUGAAGGGUGACCCCGGCACCAAGGGUGAAAAGGGUCAUCCWGGUCUGAUCGGUCUGAUCGGACCCKCUGGCGAGCAGGGAGAGAAGGGAGACAGAGGCCUGCCUGGACCCCAGGGUUCUCACGGAGGCAAGGGCGACGGUGGUAUCAGUGGAGCUUCKGGUCCUCUCGGUCCCCCUGGCCCUCCUGGUCUGCCUGGCCCUGGAGGUCCUAAGGGCGCUAAGGGUUCAUCGGGUCCUGCUGGUCAGAAGGGAGACACCGGUACGAUUGGUUCACCUGGUCCUCCUGGUCCCCCUGGUGAGGUGAUCCAGCCACUGCCCAUCCAGUCGCCCAAGAUGAACCACAGACACGCAGACAUGCAGGCGGACGCGGCGGCUACCAUGAUGGACUACGGAGAGGGCAUGGAGGACAUCUUUGGCUCGCUCAACAACCUGAAACAGGACAUGGAGAGGAUGAAGUACCCCAUGGGCACACAGAACAACCCAGCCAGGACCUGCAAAGACCUGCAGCUCGCCCACCCAGAGUUCACCAACGGCGAGUACUGGAUAGAUCCUAACCAGGGAUGUUCAGGGGACUCGUUCUCUGUCCACUGUAACUUCACGGCUGGAGGAGAGACCUGCAUCUUCCCAGAUAAGAAGUUCAGCGGAGUCAGAAUAUCUUCAUGGCCCAAAGAACUUCCAGGGUCGUGGUUCAGUGAAUUUGAGCAUGGUAAAAUAUUUUCAUACGUUGACGCAGCCGGUAACACAAUAAGUGAAGUUCAGAUGACCUUCCUGAAACUACUGACUGCCUCGGCCAGGCAGAACUUCACCUAUAGCUGCCACCAGUCUGUGGUGUGGCACGAUGAGACCGCAGACAGUUACGACAAGGCGCUGCGAUUCCUAGGAUCCAACGAUGAGGAGAUGUCCUACGACAGCAACCCUUACGUCAGGGCCCUCACAGACGGAUGUGCGACGAGGAAGGGCUACGGAAAGACUGUGAUGGAGAUUAAUACUCCCAAGAUCGAUCAGGUUCCCAUCAUUGAUGUCAUGUUGAAUGACUUUGGAGAUGCCAGCCAGAAGUUUGGAUUUGAAGUGGGUCCAGUCUGCUUCCUUGGCUAAC